AGAUUUUCUCGCCGUCGCUCCCACAGAGACUACUAGUAGACUACUGUUCUCCUCCACAAUGCAUGCCGGCGAAGCGUGUAGCCCCAGAACUUGGCAGGCUCCAAAUAUCAGGCUGCCCCGCGACUUGGGCCUUGCGCACCGGCUACCUCGGAUUCCAGAAGUCGGGGUUUAGGUACCUAAGCCAUCCAUUGCCAAGGCGUUAUAGCCGGACGACAUGUUUGUUAACCGCCAUGGCCAAUCCUGAAGGAAGCGGAUAGCUUAGGUACUGUGAAAAAGGAUGGUCCCUUCCUAGACCAUCGUACUGGCACGGACCGGAGGUCAGCAAUUCUCACAGCCGAAGCGCAAACAUCCUCUCCUCCACACCCUGCCGCCCCACGCCCCAUCUUCGUCCGAAUGUAGAGUAUUAGAUAGAACACGGCUUGUGCACUGUUGCGGGAAGUAUUUGUACGUGGUGAGGGUACCAGGAUUCUGGUUCUGGUUCUCAUGCUCGAGGCGACCACCAGCCGAGAUAUUGUAUCAUAUAACCGAAACACAAAACACACAGCCCAAGGAAGAGUGGAUACACCACACCACCUUCAUUCAAUUCGCAAUACCGCUACCACGACCACUGCAGAGAAAGGCAAUUGUUUGCAAAAUGGGCAGCUAUAGUGAAGAACCCGAGUUCAAGACGAUCAGCGUCAAACCGCUACAUCCUACCUUUGCCGCCGAAGUUGAUGGGGUCGAUUUCAAAAAUCUCUCCGAUGAGCAGUUCAAGGAGAUUUUCGCCGCCAUGGCAAAGUAUGGCGUAUGUGUCUUCCGGAACACAGGCCUCGAUGAUGCAUCGCAUAUCGAGUUUUCCAAAAGGAUCGGUGAACUCGACACGAUGAAACGGUAUAUGACGGACGGGCGCAAGCCAAGAUACGGCUUUUACGAGCUGUUCGAUGCCGGAAACAUCGACGAUGAAGGUGGCGUCUUGGAUCCGAAUAGUCCUCGGGCCCAUUAUGGAAAGGGCAACGCUCUGUUCCACGUAGAUUCCUCAUUCAACCCUCGCCGAGCAAGCUUUUCUCUCCUGCGAGCCGUGGAGAUUCCUCCUCCAGGCAACGGGGGCAACACCGACUUUGCGGAUUCGCGCACUGCCUGGGACGAUCUCCCAGCCGAGCUUCAGCAAGAACUUCUGGAAAAGGACUAUGUGGUCAACCACUCGAUCGCGCAGUCGCGCAAGCUGGGCUCGCCCGAGUUCUUUAAGGACCUGGAUCCCACCAACGGCGGGAAGAUGGCCCGGCACAAGCUCAUCCAGGUCCACGAGCCCAGCGGGCGUCGUAACAUUUACAUUGCGGCGCACUCGCAUUCAAUCGUCGGUCUCCCCAAGGACAAGUCGGAUGAGCUGAUCAAGAUGCUGCUGGACCAUGUCACACAGCCCAAAUAUACCAUCAGUGUCGAGUGGAAGAAUCCCUCGGACAUGAUCAUCUGGGAUAAUAGGUGUACUUUGCACAAGGCCAAUGGUGGAGCAUUUGAGGGGAGAUAUCGUCGAGAUCUGCGCAGGACAACCGUGCAUGACGAUAGCAGUACGGCAUGGGGUUUGAAUGAGGUCGAGGACACAGAUAAAUGGGUCGUCAACCGUGAUGCCACUAGGGCCGCGGGUCAGGUCAAGGUCGCGGCUUGAGAGAUGCGGAAUGUAGUAUGACAAGGCGGUAAAGUGGGAGGUUGAGCUUUAAUGUCGCCACGAAUUUUUAUAUACCUGCAGGUACCUACCUAGCAGCAGAUUUCGGAUGUACUGUAAUUAGUUGUAUCUCAAUAGUGAUCUACCUUAUUUCCCGGUAUGGCAUGCUAU